AUGGCCAACCAUCUCCUCUCCAAAAUGCAGACGGAGAGGAGAAAGAAAAUGACCCAAGACCCUGUCAACAUGAUUGCUUCAGUCUCCCUGCAUAACCUUUACAUCAUAUCUAUGAAGGGAAUUAAGGGUCGCUUGAACCGCUUGCCUUCUGCCUGCGUUGGUGAUAUGGUAAUGGCCACUGUCAAGAAGGGGAAGCCUGAUCUCAGGAAGAAGGUUAUGCCUGCUGUCAUUAUUAGGCAGCGUAAGCCUUGGCGCCGAAAGGAUGGUGUUUUCAUGUAUUUUGAAGAUAAUGCUGGUGUCAGUGUGAACCUCAAAGGAGAAAUGAAAGGCUCAGCAAUUACCGGUCCAAUUGGAAAGGAGUGUGCUGAUCUUUGGCCUAGGAUUGCAAGUGCAGCUAAUGCUAACUGUUCCUUUUCUUUGGGAAUCAUACUGUCGUUAAGUCCUAUAUGUUUUUGUAGGGUUAAUAUUAGUUGUGUUUUUUGUUAUUUUGACUAAAUUUUAUUUGGAGCUUUAUAUGCAGUAGUGAACUUUAUGAA